GCAUCUAUUAAUAUCUCUAUGCUAAUUCUGCUCCUUGCAUGACAACAUCCUGGCUCUUCUGCUGUACUGCAGCAGACAAUAGCCCGCAGCUUUGACAUUCGGCCGAGUUAGAGAUGACUCUAUCCCCAUUCUCCAUGCAGCACGGAACAUACAUUUAGGGCUAUCUAACAUGACUCACGAAGUUACCAACAUCUUUGCAGUCAAGGAUCUUGAAAACAGCCAUGUUUUCUUCGUAUUCUCUGGACGACAGGACUUGUGGGGCAUACCACAUCUCGAAAUUGAAUUCAAAGAAGUCUAGGUUAGGCUGUGAACGAUGCAAAUCUCGUCACGUCAAAUGCGAUGAGGCCAAGCCUCUAUGUAAAAACUGCAAGCGACAUGGGACGCCAUGCCAUUAUCGUGGAGCACAACCCAGAAGACAGCCUAGAAUAGCGACAUCUGUUUCGCUAUGCUCUGGUGAGACCAUUAACGAUGGAGCCUGCCAUGAGGCUUACGGUGGCUUAUCCAAACUCAACAUGGACUUAGAUGACGACCCGCCAGAGUCGAAAGAGCGACGGCUACUAGAGGCUGGCCUCAUGUGUCAGUAUGUUUCCAAGACAGGCGGUACGCUAGGCAUUGAUGAUUUCUCUCGAUCGGUUUUCUCAGACGCUGUUCCUGAGAUGUGUUUGCGGAAUGAGGCUAUGAUUUACGCUAUGUAUUCCCUUGCAGCCCUUGAUAAAGAACGUUGCAGCCAAGAGAAAACUCAUAUUCCCUUGCAUACUCCGCAAAAAUACCUUUCAAUGGCACUACGUUAUCAUCAAACUGACCUCGGAAAUAUUAACUCUGCAAACAUUGAUGCAAUUUGCGUGACAUCUUGUAUGUUACGAAUUUAUGCUUUUGCCUUGCUUCAAAACCGAUCACUUCAGCCCUAUACUCCACCAAUCGAAUGGCUUACGGUCACUGGAUCUUCAAGCGCUGUCUUUCAAGAGGCGUAUCGGAUUAUGGAGAAUAAACCAAAUUCAAUUGCACUACAAUUUAUUGAGCACGCAAUGAUAUCCCUAGCCAAUGAGGAUAGUGUGAAAGAGCAGGACAGUCUUUGGUAUCUGUUACAAAGAAAUCCUGAAGACAGAGAUAUGGAACCAUGGGAUGUGGAAGUACAGAAGGCGUACGAGUGGGCUAUCUACUACCUCGGCAGCCUAAGAGCCGCGGUCAAAGGUGGCAUGGAUGAAGGGAAGAUAGGCAGAAGAAUGAUCAUCUUCCCUAUGUUGAUGAACGAGCGGCUUAUGGAAUUGAUGCUUCAAGGUCAACCGAGGUCUCUGGCUAUACUUGCACACUACUUUGCCUUUUGGAUCUUCUUUGAGCACAUCUGGUGGGUUGGGGCAAGGGGAGUCCAGGAGGUACGCGCUAUUGCUGGUAAUUUGACUGGGAAAUGGAGACACUUGAUAGAAUGGCCCUUACAGGUACUUGAGCAAUGGGAGAGUGGUCGGCUUCCCCGUCUCCACGAAACUGUGGUCUGAUUGAAGCCGUAUAGAUGGAGCUGCUUACUGUCUCCAUUGAACGACUUGUUUUUAUUUAGUCUUUAUUCCUUUGGCUCAUUACAUGUCAAUCAUUAUUGAUAGACAGCUUAGUCAAGCGAAGGAUGAUGUGCCAUAACUCAUUGCUACUUGUUAUCCCCUACAAUCGACCAGAUCGCGCUAUGGGCAACUGUUAGAAAAUUACCACAAGAGCCCAAUUGUCAUUAGACAAUGAAGAAACAAAGCAAGUUUUGGAGCCGGUGUGUUUACCAUGUGAGUUAUCCUAAC